AUGGGAGCUAAUCAGAAGCCCACGGACGACAAAGCCGGGCACAAGGCCGAGAGUCAGGCGUGUGCCGAGAUGGAGGCCCAGCACCAGAAAGCUGCCGAGGAUGCGCACCGAGAGGAGGGCGCCGAGCCGUCCAGUAACAGGGGGGUGGCGAAGAUGCUCCGUUGGAACACGGAUAUUGACAUCCGGAUGCUGCUCACUAUACAGUGGGCAUGCAACCAAGAGGGGGUGAAGGUUCCUUGGGAGAGGGUGGCAGAGAUCAUGGGUCCGAAAUUUACUGAGGGGGCUAUCGUGCAGCAUCUCGCCAAGCUACGUACCAGGCGAGAGGAGCAAGGGAAGCCUGUGCCUCCCCCGCUGAAACGGAGUGCCGUGCUCGCAAACCGCCGGAGCCAGUGGCAGGAGCAAAGCCCCUCCCGCCCUGACCACUCAAAGAAGCGCCGGCAUGAUAGCCCGGAAGACUCGGCCCAUGAUUUAGGCCACCCUUCCAGUGACAAGCGCCAUAAGAAGGCGGAGCGUGGGGGUCCUUCCGAUACCUCCGCAUCUGCUCUGACUUCGGAGGCCCAGUCCGCUGGCACCGUCACGGUGUCCCAGGAACCUUUCCCCCGAACCCCAACGCUGACCAGCUCGAGCAUUUUCAUCAUUCCGAGCAUGAAGCUCCAGACACCCUUGACCUCUCCUCGAUGGAGGAUGAAUUCGGCUGGGGAGAUGGGAUAG